AUGCCAUGGAGACCGCAAUGGGGAUCCGAUGCCAAAUGUGGACGAAAGCAAGAUCGUGACACCGGCUAUCCCCUUUGGAGCGUCCUGAACAGAAAGUACGAGCUGGCAAAACGAUCAGUAGAGUCGAAAGCGGGCAGUCUUUGUCGUCUCAAUCGCCGUGUGUACGAUGUGACACCCCGCAGGGACCGUCCGUCUGCGACAGAGAUGCUCGAAAGCUCACGCCAAUAUCUGGCCCUCGGCCGCAAUCCCCAAUGCAAUAACAUGCCAAUUAUUGGAUUGUGCUAUCGACACUUUGCAACCACUGAACCAAGAUCGACCCAUGCCAUGGUUUCUGGCGCACCCAGUAUUCCAGUGGCCCACAUCAACUCAUUUGACGCCCUUGCCUGCACUAUAUCUCUGUCUGUUAAGGCCACUUCUGUGUUGACAAUCGCAUUACCAAACGUCUAUUUACAGCGGUGCCUGAUGGAACGGUACUCGGAAGCUGACCCCGGCUUGCCCUGUGAGGUCCACCUCGUCAACAUGCACACCAUGCGGCUCGGGACACGAAUACAUGGGCACUGGACCUCAGACAAAUAA